AUGACAGGGAUUCACAUAAACUUUCAGAAUUGUAGGGGACUGAACACGAAAACUGCGGAAUUCUAUAAAAAUUGCUUGGAAGGUAAUUAUGAUGUAGUAGUAGCUGUAGAAACAUGGCUUCGGGAGGAUAUGGUUGAUGGAGAACUAAUUGAUAUAAAUGUAUUUAACUUAUUGAGAUCUGACAGAAACCAGGAGAUUUCUGGCAAAACUAAGGGAGGAGGAGUAUUAAUGGUAAUAAAAAAGGAGCAUAAGAUUUUAAAAGUAACACAACAUUGUUCAUCUUUUGAAAUUUUGGUUGCGGAUUUAAAAAUUAAUAACAAAUUAAGUAUAAAAUUAAUUGGAGUGUAUAUUCCACCAGAUUGUAAAUUACAUGACUAUGCGAAUUGCUUCGAAUUAUUACAAACACAUAUUACUGAUAUUAAUAACACGUUUAUUUUUGGCGACUUCAAUAUUGCAGAAAUUAAAGGAACCGAAAAUCUAGAUUUUACUAAUGGAAGUGCUAAGUUUAAAAGUAUGAUUGAGUUUUUAAAUUUUAAUUCAUUUUGGCUUUAUAACAAUGUAAAAAACUGGCAGGGCAAAACUUUAGAUCAAGUAGUAGCAUCUGCAGAUAAUAUAAAUAGUUGUAAGGUAUGUCAAGAGCAGUUACCGUUAGUAAAGGAAGAUAGAUUACAUCCAUCUCUGGAAAUUCAACUUUCAUUUACAGUAUCAAGUUUUAGACAAACAGAUAAGUUAGUUGGUAAUAGAUUUAAUUUUAAAAAAGCAAAUUUUGAUUUGAUGUGUGAUUUGAUGAGAAAUAUGACGUGGGAAGAUGUAACAGAGGAAAUAGAGGUAGAUAAAGCUCUAGAUAUCUUUUACUCAAAAGUACUUAAUAUAUUUGAAGGAUCUGUACCACAAUAUAAUAUUUACAAGAAUUAUUCUAAUUUCCCGAAAUGGUUUACGCCUGAUAUCAAAAAGUUGCUCAAACAAAAAAAUAAUUUUAGAGAGUUAAGACAUGUUUCAAUUUAUUUUAACAAUCAAUUUAUAGAGACCAGAAAAAAACUUAAAUCAUUAAUUAACAUAGAGCACAGGAAAUAUAUACGGCAAAUUGAGGAAAAUAUAGAAAAUGAGUUUAACAAUUUCUGGAAUUUCAUUAAUAAUAAGUCUAAUCAAACAGAAAUAUUUUAUUUUGGGGGUAAAGAAAUAAAUCAGAGUGAUACUGCUAAUAGCCUAAGAGCUGUGAGACAUUUUUGA